AUGUUGUGGACGUCAACGUCGCCAUCUCCCAUGCGAUUCCCAAAAGAAUGGUCAGCCUAUCCCGGUCUAAAAAAUCUGGUACAUUACUCAUCGCAAGGACUUGAUCCAAACCUAACUCAUCCAUGCUACCAUCUUCAUUCCUACAUGAUACCUGCACCGUCAGCACCAUCGUCGACUACUUCUCAACCUCUACUUGGAUCGCUCACUAAAGCCUCAUCAUACUCCUCUUUUUCUUCUGCACUGGAUGAUUUGAUUGGGGCUGAGAGUGGUGUUUGCAUGAACUCCAAUAUUGAAGAGGAAAUAGGACGAAGGGAGAUACUAGAAGCUUAUCAUAAUCAAGGCAAGAGAAAACAACGUUAUGCAAUGAGAAAGGAAUAUCCUCCACCAAUACCUUCGCUUGCACGAACGAGGAAUUUGCCUGGUCAUAUGCCUUGGAUUUUAACCAGGCACUACAUUGAUGGCAAGCUGGUUCUCAUAGAAGAGAGAGUGAAGCAUCAUGAGUAUUUUGAAGCACACAGGGAAAAUGGUCGCCUCGUUUUGAAUCUUGUACCCGUAGAUGAUAAGGUAACAUGUUCCCAUUUUGUUUGCAAAGAUGAAGAGGAGGAAGAGCUUCAAGGUCUUGAUUUUUUUGAAGAAAAGGAAACAGAGAGAAGCUCAGAUCAGGAAUUUAUUCAUGAAGAAGAAGAAGGAAGAGAAUCAUAUCAAGAAAUUGAAAUUGCAAGUGAUGAUUAUGUUGGUAAAUUAAAAGACAGUGAUGAGGCGGUGGACGAUGAGGUAAAGAGUGAGAAAUUAGCGACAGCAUCGGUUUCUUUGCCUAAAUCAAGUUUGAAGAAUGGGAGUAAAAAUUGUGGAGAUCUACGCAAGUGUUUUACUUACGGGGGUAGGAUGAUAUCAGAAAUUAAUCUACCUUGCAAUUCCAAUGUCCAUCGAAAUGCUGCAGGUGAAUGUAUGAAUAUUCACUCGGGUUCAGCUCCUUUGGACUUCGGUAAUAUUUGUUAUCCAAUGACAACCGUGGUUUAG